GGCACUGCAGUAGCUGAAAUGCGAAAAAGGCAACAGUCACAGAAUGAAGAAACACCUGCUGUGUCUCAAGCACCUGGAAACCAGAGGCCCAACAAUACAUGUUGCUUUUGUUGGUGCUGUUGUUGCAGCUGCUCCUGCCUCACUGUUAGGAAUGAAGAAAGAGGGGAAAACGCAGGAAGACCCACACAUACCACAAAAAUGGAGAGUAUCCAGGUCCUAGAGGAAUGCCAAAACCCCACUUCAGAUGAAGUCUUGUCCUGGUCUCAAAAUUUUGACAAGAUGAUGAAGGCCCCGGCAGGAAGAAACCUCUUCAGAGAGUUCCUCCGAACAGAAUACAGUGAAGAGAACCUACUCUUCUGGCUUGCCUGUGAAGACUUAAAGAAAGAGCAGAAUAAAAAAGUAAUUGAAGAAAAGGCCAGAAUGAUAUACGAAGAUUACAUUUCUAUACUCUCACCAAAAGAGGUCAGCCUCGAUUCUCGAGUUAGAGAGGUGAUCAACAGAAAUCUGUUGGAUCCUAAUGCUCACAUGUAUGAAGAUGCCCAACUUCAGAUAUAUACCUUAAUGCACAGAGAUUCUUUCCCAAGGUUUUUGAACUCUCAGAUUUAUAAGUCAUUUGUUGAAAGUACUGCCAGCUCUACUUCUGAAUCUUAAUUUUUAUUUUUAAAAAAUCAUUUUGGAGGGCUGGGAUGAGAAAUAAAAGUAGUUAAAUAACACCUGAAACUGAGUUCCUGGAGAACUACAGUUUAGCAUUCCUCAGGCUACUGUGA